AUGAGCAUCAGCGAGGUAUACGGAGAGUUCCGAUGUGGUAAAACGCAGCUUUCGCACACGAUGUCCGUGAUCGCACAGCUGCCCAAGGAUAUGGGUGGUGCAGAAGGCAAGGCAGCCUACAUUGAUACAGAAGGCACUUUUCGACCCGAACGAAUUGCCCAGAUUGCGGAGCGGUUUGGCGUUGACCCGGACUCAACACUGGAAAACAUAUCAUAUGCUCGAGCGCUGAACAGUGAGCACCAGCUAGAGCUGCUUAACACGCUAGCCAAGGAGUUUGCUAGCGGCGAGUAUCGCCUGCUUAUCAUUGAUAGUAUCAUGAACUGUUUUCGGGUAGACUACUGUGGGCGAGGAGAGCUUGCAGACCGCCAGCAGAAACUGAACCAGUUCCUGAUGAAGCUGGCUCAUAUGGCAGAGGGUAUGUAG